CUAUAAACAAAAGUGAUGCCCUUGUGUUUGGGAGCAUCUUCAAGGCAUAGUUUCUUAACAGAUGUUAAGUUGAGGACAGAAGAACAUCAACAGUCCAGAAACUUAUCUGAAGAUGAUAAAUUGCUAGGAAAUGGCAAGGAAAUAUCCUCCUAUAUUUUGAAUAUGUGGAAACAGGCAUAAUGGAAGGUUCAAUGCCUCGGGUUAAUGUAGAUGGUAAUGUUACACCUGGAUGUCAGCAACAAGAAAAUUUACCUUCAUCAGUUAAGGAACCAGAAGCUUCUACAGUUAGUAAUAAAGACCCGAGUAUGAAGAACAGUUUAACUGACCACAUACAACAGCAGCAAAGUAAAGGAAACACAACAGAAAAUGGUUAUACAAUAUACAGGAAUGUCAACACCCAUGAAGAAAAUAUAAAUGCAGUUCCAAGUAAUUCAGGAAGUAGAAAAGACAGUAAUGUAAACUGUAAUGAUAAGCCGGGGGAUGCAAAGUAUCUCGGCAUUAAGCAUAAUAUAUCAUCAGAUGAUACAACUGGCAUUAGUUUAAAGACAAUUAAUCCAUCUGGAAAUGUCAGAGAAAAUACAUCAGAAAGAACAGCAGAUAUUACCAGUGCACUGGUUGAUGGUACACAAUGUGUAGAAGAUACAGACAUUCCACACCAGGAAAUGUCAAAAGACAUAAGUAAUGUAUGUCUUGAUAAUUCACAAACUAUGGCAGCCAGCAGUAAUGCACACACUAAAAUGUCAGAAAAUACGGCAGUCAGCUGUAAUACACACACUGAAAUGUCAGAAAAUACGGCAGUCAGCAGUAAUACACACACUGAAAUGUCAGAAAAUACGGCAGUCAGCAGUAAUACACACACUGAAAUGUCAGAAAAUACGGCAGUCAGCAGUAAUACACACACUGAAAUGUCAGAAAAUACGGCAGUCAGCAGUAAUACACACACUGAAAUGUCAGAAAAUACGGCAGUCAGCAGUAAUAUACACACUGAAAUAUCAGAAAAUACUGCAGUCAGCAGUAAUACACACAGUGAAAUGUCAGAAAAUACAGCAGUCAGCAGUAAUACACACACUGAAAUGUCAGAAAAUACGGCAGUCAGCAGUAAUACACACACUGAAAUGUCAGAAAGUGCACCAGAUAAAAGUAUCAUAUAUACUUUAAAGUCAGAAAAUAUGAAAGACAGCAGACUCAGUAUUUCUGAGGAGUUGAACAAUGAAGAACACAGCACUGAUUCACAAAAUCAGCCAGGAAGUCUAACAGGCCAAAGCAUUGACAAUCUGGCUGAAAAUGUUUUUGACGAUGAAGAAUCUGAUGAGCCGAGUGAAGACUUGCACACUACAAAGCUUGGAAAAAUAUGUAGAAUAUGUGGUGAAAUGACAGUAAAAUACGAUGGUCCUAAAAAAGGUGUUCCAAAGCAUGAGGUAGUUAAACAUGUGAAAAAAGUUUGGAAUGUAGAUAUUUCAGAUGAAAAUUCAGAUAUUUAUCCUGUCAAUGUAUGUCUUAGUUGUGAGAGAAAAAUAAAACGACUGUAUUCAAAAAUUUCAAAAAGGAAAAAAUGUGAAAUAUUUAGACAAAAGCCAGCAGAAUUUGUUGAGCAUAGUAAAGUUAACUGUUCUGUGUGUUUAUUGAAAGAAAGAACGCCAUCACCUCCUCGUUUGCCUUCAUGUGAAUUAUCCAAGCAAGAAAUAAAUGCAAUUACUGAAGUUGGUAAAAACCAGAACAAUGAUACUGACACAAGGGUUAACUCCAGACCUCAGACAUUAUUAGAAUCAAGGAGAAAUUCAGCUCGCAAGAGAAACUGGGAAGAUCAAGGGAUAUUUUUAAGAACUGUUGGGUGUCAGACAGAACUAGACAGUGGACUAGAGAAUAUGACUGGUUUGGAAGAGCAUGAUUAUACCCAGGAUGAAACACUUAGCCAAUUUCUUGUGUUACCUAAGAAAUUGGGGGGCAGAACACCAUACCAAAAACAGUCUCUUAGCUCUGUGAAUGCUAAGUACAUUAGACAAGAUCGUCUUAAACCUCUGAUUGCUCAUAUUGACAAGUUUUGCCAGGUGCACAAGGAAGAUAAGAUUGAUGCUAUGUUUUUCUUGCUGAUGCAGACAUUGAGGGAUGCUGGUGACCGUGCAAGAGAGAAUCUUGUGUUGGAUAUAUGGUGUAAGAAGAACAACGUUGGGAUGUCACUUACGGAAGAGGAGUGUCUCGCCAAGAGGAUCUUACUCAAACAGACCAAAGAUCAAUACAGAAAGGAAUAUAGUUAUUAUAAAGAAAAGCUAGAAAAGUCAGUGUUAAAACCUCCAUUCAUCAUUGAUAAAUUAGAAAAGACUUACUUCCCAGAGUACCUGGAGUAUUUUGUAACUGAUGGAGACUCUGGACCAGUUAUUUAUCAGCAUGAAAAAAGUACACAUCCUUCAUACUUCACCAUCACAGACUCUCCAGAAGGUACCAGCAAAGGAGACAAUACACGGACCGGUGUCAUGGGUGCCCGAUGGCGGUACUUUGAUGCUGUUGCAAAAACGCUUGAAGAAUUAUCGCAUUCUAUUGAAAAUGAAAUACAAGAGAUUGAUGAAGAUUUCUGCAUAAGAGUUGAUAUGUUUGAUUAUUGUGAAGAAAAGAGAGACUUGACAAACUUUAGUGAUAAAAACGACUCAUCAGGAAGUGGUCGUGGGGUUCAGAGCAAGAUGAUCACUUAUUUCUUUGGUGUUCAGUCCCUGCACGCUCUUGUAGAAAACAAAAUCACUUCUAUAUACAAAUCAAGUUCAAAUACAAUACAAUUCAGACCUCUGAUGAAGGCACUGGUAGCUGAAGGUACUGCAUUACAUCCUGCUAUUAUGACCAUUGAUGAAGAAAGAGCAGCAAUAACUGAUAAGAUCUUUCACAUUACUCUGCCAAGUGGUACACCUCUUCGCUUUAAGGUUUUCUUUGCCAAUUCUUCACUUGAAAUACGGAAAGACUACAGGAACAUAAGUGGGCUAACACUCUCCUCUUUCAAAAAAGUCCCAGUAGUUAUCAACCGGUAUGGGACGAUCUGUUUGGAACUAAAGAGAAGUUGGCUGGCUACGAGUCCUCGUUUAGUUCAUGUUAGUCGAGUCACAAACUCCCGCACAAAAUGCAGUCGGUGUGGAGAGCAGGGCCACAAUGUGCGCAAGUGUUCUGUGUCAUCUGAGGUAGCAGGAGAUAUUAUUGUUCACCACAAGAAGCGUAAAAAGCAACGUACUGUUCCUUCACCAUCAUAUUCAACAACUAUUGGGCAGACUACCCAGGUCUUUGCAAAAGAUUCCAAGAUGCUUGAUUUGGUUCCACAACAGCAGCAACCUCAACAGCCUCAACACCAUCACCCACACCAAGAAUCCCAGAAUCCUCUUUCUCACCUUGCAACCGGAGCAACGGCUAUUGACCAAAACUCUGGAAUCAUUCGUAGUGAUGAACAAAUUCUUUGGACUUGUCCUGGUCUAGGAAGUACACCAGCACAAAUAGGAACCCAUGCACCUCAAGGCACUCAGGUGUUAAUUCCUACACAUGUUCCAUCCUCUAGUGCUGAGUAUCAGUCAGUACCUCAGAGAUCUCAUACACAGAUCUCACAGGGAACAUCCGCUCCAGUAUAUGUGUGGACGUACACUGUAGUACAGCCACAACAAGGAUCAUCGCAACAGCAUCCUCAGCAGCUGUCUCUUGUACAUCACCAACCAGCACAACAAGCUGUAUCGCAACAUUCUCAACAGCUGUCAGUGGUCCACCAACAAACAGCUCAACAAGACACAAGCCAACAACAUCAGCAGAUAUCAGUGGUUCAUCAGCAGCCAACACAGCCAGGUACACCCCAGCAACAUCAGCAAUUAUCUGUUGUUCAUCAGCAGUCAGGACAGCAAUCAGCAGCUCAACAGUCUCAGCAGCUUUCUGUCAUACAUCAGCAGACUUCUCAGCAGCCACCACCCCAGCAGACCCAGAUGUCUGUAAUACAUCAACAACAGAUUCAACGACCUUCUCAACAACAGGCAGCAACACCACAAAUUAAUCUCAUUGCACAGCAGUCAAAUCAUCCACAAACAGUUCAGCAGUCACAACAGCAGCUUUCUGUUGUUCACCAACAACCAACAACCCAACCUCAGACUCCACAACAGCUCUCUGUUGUGCAUCAGCAACAAACUUCACAGUCAGUAAAUAUAGUUCACCAACAAGGACCACAAUCACAGACAACUCAGCCUGAAGCAUCUUCACCUCAGCAGCAACUAAUCCAUCCUCAGAGCUCAGAGUUACAACCAAUUAUAGGUCAGUGGUAAGAGGAAACAUGAGGAAGAAGUAUGUCAUGAACUGUUCCUGACACCACAGAUUGGAAUGUGUUAACUCUGGUUUUAGAUUUAGCAAGAUCAUACCCAGCAUUUCAUAUCAGUUAAGUCAUUUUUAUUAUUUGUUUAAAUUGACCAUUAAGCUUUACAAUUAUAUUUAAUCCUUAAAGUAAUCUGUAUAUGUAUGCUUCUACUGAUCAUCCUUGCCACCUUAAAUGCACAGCUACCUGAUGUAAUACACCAAAUCUUUUAUAAGUAUAUUUUAUAUCCUUUUAUUUUUGUUAAUUUCAUUAGAUGAAUAUUUUAACAUAUAUUUAUUGCUUGAUCUUCAUAUUAAUUAGAUAUUGAUUGAUAGAAGAUGGUUAUAUCUGGUCAUCAUAAAUGGACCAACCACAUUGUGAUACCUUAUGAGUUUGUUUGUAAGACACAAUGAGGCAAGCAUUUUGAUUUCACUUUUAACACAUCGACUUUUUGCUUAACCCCUUCACUUAGGUGCUCCCACUUUUAAUUGUUUAUUUGGGUAAUACCAAACAAAUUUAUGCAGUUCAAGAGGGGAGCCCAGUUGUUAGUAAGGUUUUAUAUUAAAUAUUUUACAUCCAUCAUUUUUUUUAAAUAUAUUUCAUUAAAUUGCAAAAAUAAUCUGUUAUAAGCCAGUUGCAUGUGCAGUCUCAUCAGCCAAUGGAACAAUAUAUGAAAAGAUUUUUAAUAUUUGUAAUUCUUAUUAUUUGCUGUCAUUGUGCUUUAAGUUGAUUGAUAUGAAUAUGAAAUGACUUAGCAAGUCAAGGAAACAAAAAAUAAUAGAGACUAGUUCUACAGGCAUUUUGUUGAACUCUACUGUAGUUUGAACUUUUCCCCCCAAGAAACACUUAAGGUCAACUCCAGCCCCAUUGUUUUUAGUGCGGUCAGUACUGUCUAUAAAAUGGAUGAAAUCUUAAGAAAAAUAGUUGUGGGAUAGUUUUUGUCAUGAUGUUUUUUACCUCCUAAAACCCCCAAUACAUUAUACCAUGGCAACACUUGGUCAGUUUUGGCUUGAUUUGCAUCACUGUAUGGCAUCAAUUAUUGACAAAAAUUAUUUUCCACAACUGAUUUAUCUCCCAUCUCUUUAGGUAAUCAGGGGUAUAUGGUACAUAAAAUAAUAAUUUUUCUAUAUAGUGGAAGAGUGUGGGUAGCCUUUGCCAAAUAAUAUACUGUAAAAUAAUCAUAGUACUGUACUGUAUUAUCACAUGCAACAUUCUCACAGCUAUCAUUUACCAACUGGAUAAAGUCUCCUAUUUAUUAUAAAUAUUUCUAAUUUAGAUUUAGAGGUCAACUCCAGUGCCUUAGUUUUUUAUUUUAUUGUUGAUACAGUAUUUUCUGCAAAAUAGAUGAGUAUGAGGGGGGAGAUAUAAUAUUAUGGUAAUAAAAAAAAUUAAAUGUUUGAAAACAUUUCCAAAACUUCACCUCUCAGUUGUGAAUUUAAUGAAGGGAUAUUGGCAACAAUCUUUAUCAAAGUCACAUGUUAUUACUACCUUAUGACAAGUACUAUUACUUUUGUAUAAACACUGGUGUUAAUUUUGUUUCAACAAUUUGAAUUUACAUGGAAAUCAAGGACGAUACAGUAAUUUGAAAUAAUAAUGAGAUUGUAAAAGAAAAUACCUACUGCAUUUAAUCUCAUACUGUACAUACACCAGACAACUGAACUAUUAUUGACCCUCCCCACACUGCCUUUGUUCACUAUCACAAGUAGACCUUUGUUUAAGGAAAGGAUACAUUCUUGAAAAAAAAGUCCACAAAGAAAAAAUCCACAAAACAAAGCAGAUUUUCCCAUUGAAUACCAUUAUAAAUUGGAAAAUACAUUUAUAUGAAGCAAAAAAAAAAUCUGACAUGCAAUAAGAUGUUUAAAUAUUUUUUUUAAUAGCACAUUAAGGGAAACAAUAGUUCUUAAUAAUAAUAAUAAUAAAUGUGCAGUACAAUCAAUAUUAAUGAGAUUAAUCCAAAUUAAAAUAUACAGUACAGCUAUUUUAUUUGCAAGAAACUGUGCUGGGUGGUGCUAAAGGUGAUGGUGUGGUAGGAUGAUGGUAGAUAUGGGGGCCCUGGGAAGAUGAAGUACUGUACAGUGUGUACUGUAUACUGUGGUAGAAGCAAAGUACAGGUACUGAAUUGUACAGCAGUGUAGAAUCAGAGUCAGAAUUUUUAUCAAUUUCUGGUUCCCUUUUACUUUAAAUGAAAUACAGGGUACUUACUUGUCAUUUGCCGUCUCUUUAACUGAUCGUCACUUAGACAUAUUACUAUAAGGUGUAAAACAAUCUUGUUCCCCAACUAAUAUCCUUAUAUGUGCAGGACAGUACAGUGGUAUCCCCUAUAAGUGGUGCAGAGCUCUUCUGGGGACGAGAGAUUUCCGGGUAACGAGACAACUCUCAAACAAGGAAAAAUCACGCAUCCCUGGAAUUUUUCCAGUUAUUAGGAAAAGUUUGAGAGUCUAACUACACAGCAUCCACAGACAGACACUAGCCAAUAUCUCCUGAAUAUUUCUGGGUGCUGAGGAAAGUUUUCCGCGAGUCUAACUAAUGUCCGCAUCUCAUCUCGACUAAACUAUCUCAUCAUUUCACCUUGCAUGGACAAACACUCUCCCAAUACUGUACAUCUAUUGUAGACCGCGGGCACGAGCGAAAAUAUUUACGGCUAGCAAAAAACUGUAUGAACUUUUAUUCACAGCAUCUGCUCCAAUUGUGCUGAUACUGAUGUUAAAACAAUUUACUUAGCCUGAAAAACACAGAUACAAAGUAGAUAAAAUAGCAAUAUUGUAUUGACAUGGCUGACCCAAUUGAGAGCCUGAGCUCUCUUUGUGGCAGAGAGAUGAAUUUGAUACCAUAAUAAUCCUGAAUAAAUUCUCUACAAGAUGUUUCCAAUAUGAGAUCUUUAAACUAAAUAUUUUGACAUGAUAAAUUGAUGGUGACUUCUUUUAUAGAAAAAAAAGUGUAAGAAAUUUUUAUCCUGGAGUCAGUAAAAUCAGUUCUAAUUAAGUUGGACAUGCCAUUUUUUACCAACAUAAUCCUGAAUAGGUUAUCUAAAAGUUUGGUUAAAUAAAUGUAUUAAAAAAAAAAUGUUUGAUACAGGCAUGAAUGGAGUUGUGAGUUACAGCAAAGACGGUGGAAUUUUCCGCUCUUCACAGGAAAAUUUCCUGAGUUUAAACGACGGAUCUCACACGGAGCUGUAUUUAUUCACACAAGCACCACUAUACACAUACAGUACAAUAUAUUGUUAAUACUGCACUGUAAACAUAAUUAUGUACAGUAUACUACUACCUGUACUAUACUGUAUACGUAUAAUACUGUACUCGCCUGCAGAUGCUGUCAUCUUAAACCUGUGUAGGCAGACACUGUCCACUCAGCUGAAUGUAAUAUGUUACUGUAAUCACGUCUGAACACUUGCGAUGGAGGUGGUGUGGGGAAUUAGUGGUUCAUAUUACUGAUUUGAUGCAAACUCAGGUUACCCAUUGUUAGGGUGGGUGAAUUGUGGGUCUCAUGACCUGAAGGUGUCUUGAAUAUAGACGAAAGCUAAGGUGGUCCAGUGUUUCCCACUUACUGAAUGUACAGUACAGUAUAUGUGACUGUAAUCACUUUUUACAUACGUAACGCUGCUUUAACAUUGUACAAUAUUGCUGACUGAUUUUUUUUCUGGUACAGUUAUGUACAGCACUGCACAACAUAAAUUAUAUGCAAACAGCAGCUCACAAGGAAACAACCUUCUACAAUGUCAGCAGAAUAUGAACUAAGCGAUUCAAUUAGCUAGGCCACCCACGAGCCUGACACGUGGGGAUGCAAUGGAGCAUGAUGCAAUUUCUCGGAACUCCAGAAAAAAUUAUUCGCAUGCCCAAAACAGAGAGAUUUUCUUGGAACCUCCUCGUAUUUUUCUCAGAAAAUUCGCCUGAUUUUUAACCUCGGAAACUUGAUCACAGACCCGGAAUUAAGAAAAUUUUUCUGGAAAAAUUCUAAGUCAAUUUUAAUUCUGGGCAUUGGAGAGCUCCGGCUAACAGUAAUAUUAGCAUACAUAGUUUUUCUGAAUAUCCUGUACACCACAAGCUCUUCAAAAAGGAUACUACAAAUCAUGAGAGUAGACAACACUAUUUACUGUCCUUUGUCAUUAUUUCAGCAUCCUCCAGUGUUACAAAAAAGUUUUUGUAUCAGGGUUUUUUUAUGUAAAUUGAUGCAAUCUAUUAUAAAGAAAAAAAAAUUAGUACAGUACUGUAGCGUAUCUUAAAAAAAUAAUCCGUAAAUUGGGGUCUACGUGUACAGUAUACAGUACUGCACUACCGAUACUCUUGGUUUUACAAAACUUUAAUUUUGAGAGAACGUAGUGAAUUAGAAAUUCUGAUCUACUGUGUAAAUACAGUAUUGAAGUGGUGCUUAGGAAAUUUUAUUCCAGUUAGUAUCUUUAACAAUGGGAGACAUUGUGGGGUACGGGUUGUUUGGGUUCACACUCAGGAUGGGAUGGAGGAAGGACACUCACAAUGUGCUCACUGUAUACAUGUUGUAUUGGAUGUACAAUGCAGCUUGGUGCUGGGAAGU